CAUCUAGACUCCCAGGCUACCAUUAGGUUCUGCUGGUCCCUCUUGCCUUUGGUAAUCCCAGUGAGAUUUCACCUGACCUCCCAUCCUACCACCCAGCUCAGUUUUACGUUGGACCAAGUCUUCGUCCCACUGAGCUUUCUCCUACACGACCCUCCGGCCACGACUCAGGCACGCUCCUGCAGACAGCUCUACUCCUUUCCGCACCAUGGCCCUUCUCAGCUACCCCGUUCCAGACUUGGACGCCACACUGAAAGAAGUGGGCCGUGUUCUGCAGCUCACACUGAGCCCAGAGCUCUACCUGGAGUUCAAAAGCACACUUGACCAGCAGAGGAAAGUUCUUGAAGAAGCCCAGCAGAAAUUAGCAGCCAGCGCAGCGGGCCAGGAGAACUGGGUGACCCAGCAGUUCAAGAGAGGUUUGCUGUCUUGUGCUGACCCUCUGCCUACCUCAACAGCCCUCCCGGUUGUUCUGCUUCCUACUAAAGUGAAGGAAUGUACCCAGUUAGGGAGGGCAGCAGCUCUGCUGUGGGCAACGGCAAAGCUCUACAGCGAGCCCCUCUUGCUGGAGGGUGAUACUCCAAUGGAGCACACUCAGCAAUCUGAAGUCUUUGCUGCCAGCCGUAUUCCAGGCAGAAGCCAAGAUGAAAUUAGGGUUUACCCGAACAGCCUCCAUGCAGUUGUCACCUGUGCUGGCGGAGUGUUCACUGUUGACAUCCUGAGGCGCCCCAGCACUGGUGGACCAGUUUCUGCACGCUCAAUUGUGGACAUCUACAACCAGUUGGCUCAGGUGAUGGAUCAGCCCAGAGCAAGUAAACAGAGCGAUACCUCCAUGAUUUGCAAUCUCUCAGCUUUAGAGCGCAAGACUUGGGCUGCAAUCAGGGAAGAGAUCCUCCAACAAGGAGGAGAGGCUGUGGCAUCGCUGGAGUUAAUGGAGACUGCUGUCGUUACGCUCUCACUGGAGGACUGGGAUGCACCAUCCGACCUGGCUGAUAUCCUAAAUGCCGUGAGGCUGGGAGGAGACAACCAUCCCUGUUUGCGAUACUAUGACAAGGUACUGAAUCUCGUGGUGUUCAGAAACAGCACAGCUGGGAUGGUGUUCGAGCACAGUGCUGUGGAUGGAAUGGUCGCUGGUCUUGUGACUGAACGUGUGUACCGUCUUUCUGAGACUGUUGACCUAAACCUUGUCCUUCAUGACACAGAAAACACAUCCAAGUCUGUCACAGUUAACACUGUUUGUCCAAAUGCCCUACCCUUCCCCUUGCAAGGGAUAAGUACCCCCCAGCGGAGCCCUACGUUAAAAGCAAACCAUCUAGUCCUCACUUUUGAUCUGCCUUCCUAUCCUGAUGUGUUUGCCACUGUGAGAGGGCAGAGAGGUCUGUAUGAUGCUUGGAUCAACUUCUCUUUGCAGCUCUCCCUGAGGCAGACUCUUGGAGAAUCUGCAGCCAGUCACAUGAUUGUCACACCUACCCACAUGCGACACUACAAACAUGGUCGGUGUGAUCCUACAUACUCGCUCACCAUGCACUCUCGCAAGUUAGUGAAUGCCUUGGCAUCCAGCACUUCUCCAGAUAACACAAUCCAGUAUACUAAUGAUCUACUGCAGCUGUUCCAUGUUGCAUUUAUGGAGCACAAGAACAUCAUUAGAAACACCAAAAGUGGUCAAGGUGUUGGUCCUCACUUGGCUGCCCUGCGUCAAUCUCUACCGCCUGAUAAUCCACUGAAAAGAUUCCUGGUCCCUUUUGGAUGUCCAUCAGUGUACCUCACAGGUGUUGAUCUGAUGGAAGGUGUGGAGUGUGGAGUAGGAAAUGUCUACGCCCAAGACCAGCUAGCUGUAACCUACCUUGGGAAGACAGACAGGGUACGCAUAAUUCUAAAUGGAAAAGGGAUCUUUGCAAUAUCUCUGGAGAAGCUUCAAGAAACCCUUAUGAUGAACUUGAACCGUGUGAUGCUUCUGGCUGUUAGAUAUGCCAUUGCAAGUCAAAUGGGAGCCCUGGAGUGUUUAUUCAAACAAGGCCAGAAAGAGACGACUCACUGCCCUAAGAGCCCAGCCACAAGCAACGGCACCAACUCUGCAUCUGAAAAAGGGUCCGACUGCACUUUGGUGAUUCAUGGUGGAGCUGGAGAAGAAAUGAUGCUGAACAACAAAGUGACAGAUAUUAUUGAGUUUGCUUUACAGACAGCCCUAACUCUUGGGUCCCAAAUACUUGAGGAAGGGGGCAGUAGUCUGGAUGCUGUUCAGAGGUCAGUGGAGGCUUUGGAAGACUGCUUUCUGUUCAAUGCAGGGAAAGGCUCGGUGUUUAACAAAGAUGGCUUCAACGAAAUGGAAGCAACCAUUGUAGAUGGUAAAGGACAGAGGUCAGGGUCUGUUGCUUGUGUGAAAAGCAUAAAAAAUCCAAUCAAAGCAGCCAGAUGUGUAAUGGAAAAGAGUUCCCAUUCAAUGAUCGUGGGAGAAGGGGCUGAGGAGUUGCUGCAAGGGUCAGGAGAGGAAGAGAAGCCAGUUGGACCAGAGUAUUUUUACACUGAUAUACGUCACAAAGAGUUACUUGCAAAACUCAGUGGAGGCAACACCUUAAAGAACAAUCAUCCACAGACAGUUGGAGCAGUGGCUUUGGAUCGCUGGAACAGAUUAGCUGCUGCUUCCUCCACCGGUGGGUUGGUGGGAAAGCUGAAAGGGCGAGUUGGGGAUACAGCAGUAGUAGGGGCAGGAAUAUAUGCUGACGAGGAGGUAGCGAUCGCCUGCUCUGGUGAUGGGGAUGUCUUUUUGAGAAACACAGUGGCACAGAAAGUUGCAAGUCUGUACCACAACAAAGGCUAUGGCCUUCGUCAAGCGUGCAGGGAAGUGAUGACUGAAAACUUGAAAGGCACAUGUGCAGGAGUCAUUGCUGUGGACAAAAAGGGGAAUGUCAUCAUUGAAACUAAUGCUGCUGUGAUGUUUGUGGCAUCGAUUACUGGUGGCACUUCAAGAGUAGAGGUUCUAAGACCCAUUAAAACCUUCACCAAUGUGAUCUGGGAAACAGAUGAGCUGGUUGCCUACUUGAAUCCCAACCCCUGGACUCCUGGGUCAACCAUCCUUACCAGAAAAACUCUAAGUGGGGCAAGCAGCAUCUUCCAGAUGGCCAUCCCUGAUUUCAUUGCUAUGCUAAAGGGGGCAAAAGCUGUAUCAAACCUGCUGUGUGAGCGACUGGGGGUGCAGCGUUGUGCCAUGGUUUUCAAUCCAGCAAGUGAUGGGUCAGCACAAAUCAGAUUACUCCCACUUCAUGGUUUAGAGCAAAAGUGGAAGCCCCAUCUUGCUGUUGAGGAGGAGUUCCAUGGUCACAGUACUGGCUUUUGUAACUCCAAAAGUGGUCCUCGUUGGGAUGAUGACGCGCUGACCCAGGUUCAAGCCAAAAUCAGAGAGGCGCUGCCAACACCAAAUGCACCGUUUUGCUUUGACUAUAAUGGUGAUGCUUCCGAUGACAACCUGUUCAGUCAGAUCAUACGUGGAGAACAGCAACAGUGGAGAGUGUGGGAGGACAGCGAUCAUGUUGCCUUCCUAACACCAUACCCUAACAGACCUGGGCUCACUGUUGUGGUGCCACGCAAGUCACUUACUAGCGACAUCUUCAGACUGGAAGAUUCUGACUAUGAAGCACUGAUCUUAGCCACUUAUGAAGUGGCACAACUUCUGCAAGAAGGAAUGAGAGCUCCAAGUGUUGCACUGAUCUUUGAGGGAUAUGAGAUUGACCAUGCCCAUGUCAAGCUGGUGCCCCAGUUGGCCUCUCUAUGUGGCGCUAAAGCGGUCGAACAGAAAACAGAAUUCUUCCAAAGUUACCCUGGAUUUGUGUCAUCAUUGGAUGGCCCACCUGCUGACUCUGAAACCAUCAAAAACAUUCACACAAAAAUUACUCAGAACAGGGCCCCUCGUUCAUGGGAAGACCCUCAGUCUCACUCGACACUUGCCAUCAAAAACCAGUGGUAUUGCAACUUGUUCCAGAUUCAGAACACUUUAUUCCACAGUACAGUAGAGUACUUCCAUACCUGCUGCCAGUACUCCUACGCUUUGACUCCUCUGACCACCGACACCAUAUCCUCCCCAAUGGGUCUAGGGUCUGACUCUGAGCCAGUGUCCGUUCACCUUCUGGGACAAGAUGUAUACCUUGCUGACUCAAUGCAGUUUGUACUUGAAUACUUUCUUCGCUUUCAGGAGAACCUACCUGGAACCUACUACAUAUCUCCUAGCUUCAGAGGGGAAGACCCAGAUUCCACACACUUGAAUCAAUUCUACCACGUUGAGUGUGAACUGUUGGGUGACAUGGAUGAUGCUAUUUCCAUUGCAGAGGGGUACUUGGUUCAUCUCACCAGAUCUAUGUUGACAAAACACUCCGACAAAAUUCUGAACACUGCCGGGACCCUUGCACACGCCACAGCUCUCCUCAGUAAAAUGGAUGGAAAAACUGCUCUUCCAAGAAUCUCCCUGGAUCGAGCCAUUUCCAUGAUGCCUUCUGCUGACUGCCUAGAGUGGGUACAAGAUGGCCAGCCUCUGUUUGGCAGAAAGCUAACUCGCAAAGGAGAGAGGGUUUUGAUAGAGAAGUAUGGUGGUGCUGUGUGGCUAACUGACAUGGACCACCUAGGUGUUCCCUUCUAUCAGGCAUACGUAGAGGGUACUAGGCAGUGCAAGGCCAAAGCAGCAGACCUUUUGUUGGGACUGGGUGAGACUGUGGGUCUUGGUGAACGUCAUUCUACCCCUGAGAUGGUACGAGAAGCCUUGAAGCAUCAUGCAGUACCAGAGGAUUCCUACAAGUGGUACAUUAGCAUGCGCCAAGUGAAGCCCCUCCUCACCAGUGGAUGGGGCAUGGGAACAGAGCGCUACUUGUGUUGGCUGCUUCAGCACGAUGACGUUAGAGACAUGCAAAUCAUCCCUAGAAUGAAAGGAAUGAAGUACAUGCCCUGAUAACAAGACCAACACAGUCCCAACGGGCCUGUAGAUGUGAAAUAUUUGGAGUAACCAGGCCAAAAGUGAAUUCUGAACUUACAAAUGAUCCAGUGAUGCAGAAAGUAAUGUUUUGAUCCAUAUUAGGGCUUUUUAAAAAAGAUAAUUAUAAGAAAAUCGCUGUAGCCUUUAGCUCGGGUUAUUAUUGGAGAUGAGAACUAAAAAAUAAACAGAAGACAUGAUUCAAAAGAGCUAAUUAGCUUAAUCAGAUUGAAUUGAAAGUCUAACUGUUUUUCUAUUUUUUGUGUGGGACUAAAUAUGCAUAUAAGUGACAUUUAAAAAAAUUUCAAAAGCAGCAUUUAUAGUUUUAUAUUUUGAUCAGUUUUGCUGAUAUUUUUAACAUUUUUCAAUAUUCUUCAGUCAAUUCAAUCAAAUUGUUUUUUCUUAAUGAUUGUUUUUAAAGUAAUAUGAAACACACACCAAUGAUGUUAUGAUUAAAUAUUCAAUUUUCAAUAAAUAUCUUAUGACAAUUCACAAAUCAGGAUGAAAAAGUGUUGAUACAAUUGCUACACUGUUUGUUGACGUAAAAAGUUGUUUGCUCACCAGAUUUUUGUGCACAUUUAAGUGUUUGUCUUGAAAAUGAGAAUUGUUAUCUGCUCUGUAAUGGUUCACAGCAAUCCUGCAAUAUAUUGUAAAGCUGGUUGGAAUCAUCAACACUAUUACCAAUUAUAAUAAUGUUGGACAAUGUUUAAUAAAUGAUUUUCAUGCA